AAUGGGCAUAUCAAUUUUCCAAUCCUUCCCACUUAAAAUAAAAACAUCAAUCAAUCCUUCCAUAAUUCAUAACUGGAAGCAGAGAAUGGGUGGUUUCAGAGCCGGUGUCAUACUUCUUCUCUUUCUCUAUGGUACUAUUUCAUUAGGGAUCAUUCCUGGGAGUGGGAGAGCCAUAGCUUGCCCUCUUUAUUGCUUGGAUGUAGACUACAUGACUUGCCAGUCUUCAGGGGAUAAGAAGCUUAGCCCCAGGUGCAACUGCUGCUUGGCUCCCAAGAACUGCACCCUUCACCUUUCUGAUGGUACUUCACUUUAUUGUAAGCCUUGAUGAAACUUGUACUUAGUAUUAAAGAUAUAAGUCUUACAUAUUUAUGUCUUAGAUUCAUAUUGAAUUAAAUCUAGAUAUGAAUUUUCUGUUGAACUUGAGUGACUAAGUACAACUCGCCCUUUUAUCUACUUUUGUAAUAAUAAUAAUAAUAAUAAUAAUAAUAAUAAUAAUAAUA